UUCCGAUCUCGCUUUUCGAAGGUAUGUACGAAUGUUUUUUUAGAUUCCUCGUUUUAAUGUUUAUUAUUUUUGAAAGUUCAAUAAAAGGUUACCACUGUUGAUUUUGCCUUUUUUGUUUCUGCAGUAAUUGCAGCUUUUAGAAAUUUGGACUGUUUUUUCUUUGUUCCCUUUCGGUCUACAGUCAGUUUUGAACCGUUGAUUCGUAUUUCUUACUCUGAUUUUGAGCUUGAGGACAAACAUUUUUCGCGUUUAAUCCUUGAUUUGGUGACUUGUUAUUCAAUCAGCUCUAAGAUAACAUCAAAUCUGGUGGGUGUUUGGGCCUUUGGGGUGUCGAUUCAACCAGGAUUGGAGGUCUCUUGUUGUGAAAAAUUGAUUUUCAAAAAAUGUAGCUGACUUGACUGCUUUGUCUAGGGAUUUUCACUUUGGCUUAUAAGUUUUUCGUUUAAUGAAAAUGAAUAUUUGGGGAUGAGGACUUGGAGUUUGCUCUGGACAUGCUUUUGAGCUGUGACUGCCUGAUGUGAGGUUUCAUGGGAAUUUGCCGUGGAAUUUGACAGCGAGUCUGCCUUAGUGUUGUCUUUGUAAUUCUCUGAUCUAGUCACGUAAAUCUAGGCUUUUUCAUUUCCUUAUUUGUCCCUAUUUUGGGAUUUGAUUUCUCCUGCUUCAAACGGUAUUUUCCUCUCUAGCACAAUAUUGAAGCCUCAAGUUGUUCUAUCUUUAUGCUCUUUUAAAAUUCAAAGCCCUUCUUUUUCUUUUACAUGUGGACUUUCUCCCCUAAUUUGCUGCAGGAGAUGGAGCUGUGCAGGUUGUUUCAUUCCCCUUUCUUCCCUUUCACCCUUUAUGGUUUAGGUUGCUAUUUUGCUGAUAUUAUGCAAAAGUAGAUAUGUUACCUCAAGUUUUCCCUUAAAGUGGUUUUUUAAAGUGAUCAAUUUAUUCGUUGAAUAUAAUCUUCUCAUCCCCUGUUCAUCUUCUUGUUGCUGUUUUCUUCUAUUUGUGUUUUGAUUUAAAGGUCUUUUGCUUUCCCUUUUGCUCUCAAGGCAUAAAUGAUCCUCUUUAUGCACUGAGCACAUUUUACAUUGUUUUUAGUUGUUGCAGACACUAACUCCAUAUUGAUUUGAGAUUGACCAAAUGCAUUUUUCAUGUCUCAGGUGCCAAAAUGAAUGGAAUUUAUACUAACAAGAAUCACAACCUUGAGAGUUCUUUUCCAGGAUGCUUGGGUAGGAUGGUAAACUUGUUUGAUUUGAGUGCUGGAAUGUCAGCGAACAGGCUGCUCACAGAUAAACCUCACCGUGACAGAUCUCCACAUUCAAGGAGGAGCCAUUCAGAUAUUUCAAGGAUGGGUCACUUCGAAGACCAAUUGGCGGAUAAAGUGAUGGUGUCUGAGUUGGAUAGAACUUGUUCAAACAGAAAAGGUAGCGGCACACCUAUGAAGAUGCUCAUCGCUCAAGAAAUGUCCAAAGAAGAAGACUCUAGGCAUAAUCCUCCCAGUGUAGUUGCGAAGUUGAUGGGGCUUGAUGCCCUUCCCAGGCAGCAACCUGAUUUGGCAAAAGAAAGAAGCCUUUCCAGAGGUUACUCACGCAGUCAAUCAGAUACAUUGUUUAGCUAUUGGCAGCAUGAUAAAGGAUUCUGGGAUCUAGAGAUGCAACAUGAGGUUGAUCAACAUUCUACUCACUCUCAUCAUAAUGAAUGCAAGGAUAUUUAUGAGAUUAUGCAACAACCAAAAACUAGUUGGACGAGAGAUCGACCACCCAUAGAAAGAUGCAAUGAAGUAUCGUAUGACACCAAAAUGGCCCUUGUACGGCAAAAGUUCAUUGAAGCAAAGCGCCUGUCUACAGAUGAAAAGCUCCGUCAGACUCAACAAUAUCAAGAUGCAAUAGAUGUCUUGAACUCAAACAAAGAUUUGUUUGUUAAGUUCCUGCAAGAACCGAAUUCUAUGUAUUCUCAGCAUUAUAAUGGAAAUGCUGGUCCUCCUCCGGAGACAAAACGAAUAACUGUCCUGCGCCCCUGCAAGAUAGUGGAAAAUGGGAAACUUUCAGCAAAGAGUAAUGAAAAGCAGAUAAAGAAGGCUGCACAAGUAAGUCAAGUGGUACAGUCAGACAAGAUACAACCUGGAGUUUCCCCUGCUGUAGCUGGUUGGAAGGUUGAUGAAAGUGCUGCUCAACCAACACGCAUUGUUGUUCUAAAACCUAGCCCUGGCAAACCCCUUGAUAUCAAGGCUGUGGUCUCCCCAACCCCCUUGUCACCUAGAGUAUUGCAUGGGGAAGAAUUCAAUAUGGAAGAAGAUGACGAGGCCCGAAAGUCUAGAGAAGUUGCAAGAGAGAUCACUCGACAGAUGCGGGAAAACUUAAGUGGGCAUCGCAGGGAUGAGACGUUACUUUCCUCUGUGUUUUCGAACGGUUACAUUGGUGAUGAAAGUUCGUUUCACAAAUCAGAGAAUGAGUAUGCAGCUGGAAAUUUGAGUGAUUCAGAAGUCAUGUCACCAACUUCUAGGCAUUCUUGGGAUUAUGUUAAUAAAUAUGGCAGUCCUUUCUCUUCCUCCUCGUUUAGCCGGGCAUCUUAUUCUCCAGAAUCCUCAGUUUGUAGGGAAGCAAAGAAAAGACUCUCUGAAAGAUGGGCGAUGAUGGCAUCUAAUGGGAAUUACCAAGAACAAAGACCUAUGCGGAGAAGCUCUAGUACAUUGGGUGAAAUGCUUGCCCUCUCAGACACAAAAAAUACAAUAAGAAGUGCUGAAGGGGGCUGCGAUGAAGAUUCCAGAGACUCAACAGCAAAGUUGGUUGAUAAUCUAGAGAAGGAUGAACACACGGAUGAUCCGAUGAGAAACCUUGUCAGGUCAAAAUCCCUCCCUGUAUCGUCUACAGUCUUUGGUGUCCAACCUCAUUUGGAUGUACCAAAUGAAGGGCACCAGAAGACAGAAAUAUUGAAGGGGACAGCUAAAGAAAGAAGGGCAAAAUCAUCAUUAAAAGGAAAAGUUUCAAGUUUAUUCUUUUUGAGGAGUAAAAGAUCUAACAAAGAAAAGCCCGUUGCAACCCUAUCCAAAGAUGAAUCGCUUCCUGCAGGAAUGCCUUCGGAUUCUCUGGGGAGUACUGAGAAUGGUGGAACCCAAGCUCUCAAUGACGAUGCCCUCGAAGAAUGUUCAUCACCUAGUUUACGUCAAGUUUCCAGCACAUCUUCUGCUGAUCUUUCUGGCACUUCAGUGAUCAAUUCGUCUGAGGUAGUUCUAUAUUUUUCCGAAGUUCAUUGCAUAUGUUCUUAUCCAUGGUUUUCUGCUGCAUUUCCAAGUGUAAAGCAUGUUUUGGCCUGCUUUCUUUCUUUUUUUCUGUUGGAUUUGUAAAAGCUUUUUGUGUUGCUAGUUACCCAUCGUUUUGCAAUUUGCAUUUCUUUCUUUUCAAAAAAUAUAUUGUUUUACCUUAUGUAUUUGUCUUUACCUUUCACAAUUUUUCAUUUCUUAUCUCUUCCCCGUAUGAGCAAUGGGAAUUGUCGUGACCUUGUAUUGGAGAAUCUUGUGACGAGAAGAACACCAAGCUUAGUUAGAAUUGCAUUUGCUCCCACAAAAUUGUAUUGCAAUGAUAUACUUCCUUUUGCCCUAGGCGUUAGAUAUGUAUAAGCAACUUCGGUGUAACUUUUUUUUCUUGAUUUUGAAGACCUUGAAAAUAUUAAAUUAUUUUCUCCUAUGUAGGCUGGUUUUUCUUUGUCGAAGCAUCUGUUAUCUGGUAACCGAACUGAGAACCAGGAUCAACCAAGUCCCGUAUCUGUUUUAGAAACUCCAUUCGAAGAGGAUGAACACACGGCAACUGAAUCCUCUGGCAAUUCCAAGCUAGACGAGCAUGGUAUGAUUCAUUUACAAAAUGGACCGACACUUCUCCAGAUUUUGUUUUAACAUCUGGGGUGUGAUUUUUUCCUUUGUUUUUUAUUUUUUGAAUAUCAGGGGGCUUGCCUGUGAAAUGCAAAUCAAACCUCAUUGACAAGUCGCCACCAAUAGGAACUAUUGCCAGGACGUUAUCAUGGGAUGAUUCAUGUACGGACACUGCCACUUCAUAUCCUUCAAAGCCGUCUCUUCCCCCUCAAACAGCCGAGGAAGAGGAAAGAGAAUGGUAUUUCUUUGUUCAGGCAUUAUUGUCGGUGGCAGGUCUAGAAGGUGAAGUGCAAUCUGACACUUUUUUGGCGAGAUGGCACUCAUCUGAAAGCCCCUUAGAUCCGUCGUUAAGGGACAAAUAUGUCAGUUGGAAUGACAAGGACAUGGUACAUGAGGCAAAGAGGAGGCAAAAAAGAUCAACUAGAAAGCUUGUGUUUGAUUGUGUCAAUGCAGCUUUGGUGGACAUGGCUGGGUAUGGGCCAAACACAUGCCAAAGGGCAAUACCAUGUAGUGGUCCCCACAAGACCCUCCUACUAGAAGGCAAAUCAUUCGUAACAGUGGAUCAAGUUUGGGCCCGGAUGAAGGAAUGGUUCUCUGGCGAGGAGCGUUGUGUUUCGGAUGAUUGUGGGGACAAUAACAGCCUGGUUGUGGAGAUGGUGGUGAGGAAGGAAGUUGUAGGAAAGGGUUGGGUAGACCAUUUGCGAUUAGAAAUGGAUAAUUUAGGGAAGGAAAUUGAAAGCAAGCUGCUGGAAGAAUUAGUGCAAGAAGCUGUCAUUGAGUUGACUUGCCGAGGUGUAAGCGGCAUUUCUGCAAUCUAAUUUAGUUUUAUGAUUACAACCAUUAUUUGUGUAGUAAUAUCAUUGUGGUGAUUUUCCCACCCCCCAAAAUGAUGGUCCAUGCGUAUAUCUAGCUGUUAUGUCCGUCGAUCAUUGUAGGAUAGUUUAAGGUUAUUUUCACCCCCCUUGAGCCAAAACCUCAGGUCACUUGUACACAUGCGAAACAUUUCUUUAUGUAUCUAUAUAUAAAAUUUUCUUUCUCCGUGGUCCUGAUUCUACUAACGGACAUACUACCCUGUCAUAGAAUCAUCUUCUUUUGGUUGUGUUCAGUAGCAUAUAAUCAUGUAAUUAUUAGUCUCGGUGAUUCCAGAGACUGACCACCAG